UCUCAAUCACACAUUUAUUCCACAGGCGAAUUCUCUCUAGGGUUGCUUCCCCGCCGGCGCCGCCCACCGCUGGUUCCAUUUCCGAUGAUCGUCCUCCGCCCACCGCCUCAUCUCUCCACCAAUAAAUCAACCUAUGCCGCUGAAUUUCACCCCUUGUUGCACAGAAGCACAAGAAGAAGAAGAAGACGACGAAUUCCAAGGUGAUUAUCCAUCAUUCGAAAAAUGCCUCUUCGAUGGCUCUUCCAGCGUUAGAUCCGCUGGGUUCAAGCUUGUGGCCGGCGUUAAUGGAGGACGAAGUAGCAGAGGUGAAUUUGCGCAGUUUGUGGCGCGCGAGGCUCGAUUCGAUAAUGAAUAUUGGGCGGCGGCAAGGCUGAGGGCUGAGAGUUAUUUCGAGGGCCGGAAAACUGACCGAUACAUCGGAAACUACAAACAGAUGUUUGCGGAGCAGGAGUUCAAUCAAAUGAAAAGAAGACGUGUUUGGCCGCUGGGACAGCCUUGCAAAUGCAUUGUAAUGGUACAGGAGGAUGGCACCACAUCUUCAGACUGUGUCGUGGUUGGAACGCUGGACUUGAGCCUCGGAUACUUAUCCUACGGAGAGAUAUCCCCACAGGAAAAUAUUACUGUCAUCAAUGGAGGGGCAUCCAUGAUACGAUACGCCUACAUUUCAAACCUGUGCGUCGCCACUUCAGCGCGUCGCCGUGGAAUUGCCUGCAGCCUGCUGCGCUUCGCCAUUUUGUCGGCUCAAGAAGAUGGUGCAGAGAAGGUGUUUGUUCACGUGUCCAGAGAGAACAAGGCUGCACAAGUCCUCUAUCAGAACCAGGGAUUCCAAGAAGUUGUUGUCGAUGCAAGCUCUCAUCUUCGACUACACGCUGAUGAUCAAACUGUAAGUUUGCUAUGCCUCGAUCCUUCGACAUGUUCACUUGCCGAUUCUUGAUGUUAUGAUAGGAAUAGGGCAUUAGUUUUGUAAUUAUAUAUGUAAUAUGUCACACAAUAGUUGUUCCGAUAUGUACAACUUUGCCGUAAAAUCUGAUUAAGUUUGAAGAUUUCUUUUU